AUGGCUGAAGUCACCAUCGCCACCCCCGCCGUUUCAGACAAGGCGACUCUCAAAGCCGACCCACCACAUCCAGAGGAAGUCAAGGAUGCGACUGUCAAGGUGGAACAACCUGCAGCCAGCAACUCCGAGACAGAGGCACAAUCAGCUCCCAAAGGGGAGGAGGACGCAAAGGCGGUCGUGGAAGGUGGAGACAACAAGGAGAAGAUGCUCGACGCGAUGAGACAGAUCGAAUUCUACUUUGCCGACUCCAACUUACCCUUUGACAAGUUCAUGUGGACGCUACACACCGCGAAUGCAGAACACUGGGUGCCUAUCAAGCAGGUGUCGUCGUUCAAGCGGAUGCGCGAGUACCAACCCCUCGGCCUCGAGUGGAUCACAAAUGCGCUCCGCCUUAGCGAGGAGCUCGAGGUCAGCGAGGACGGCACGCAGGUGCGCAGACGGACAGAGGUGCAGGAGCCAAAGGGCCAGUUCGAGCGUAGCGUGUACGCAAAAGGCUUCGGGGCGGAGACGGAGGGAAUCCAAAAACGGCUGGAGGCUUUCUUCAACCAGUAUGGAAAGACCAAUGCGGUGCGCAUGCGGCGGAUAGACACGACGAAGGAAUUCAAGGGCUCUGUGUUUGCAGAGUUCGCUGACUUCAAGGCGGUUGAGAAGUUCUUAAACGCCGACCCAAAGCCGAGUUGGAACGGAGAGGAGCUGCUCGUUAUGACUAAGUACGGCUGUUCCGCGCUUGCUUUGCCUAGACACAUACUCAUCGUCCACCACAGGGAAGCUUAUUGCGAGAUGAAGAUCAAGGAGAAGGGUCUCACCGGCAAGGCGGCGAGCCUGCGGAAGCAGAGCAUCGCAGGCAACGGGCGCAGGGGCUUCAACGCCUUCAAGGAGAUGGAAAGGGAGGCACAGAACAAGGGCAAGGGCGGAAAGGGCAAGGAGAAGGGCAAGCCCGAGAUCUUCCUCGAAUUCAUGGGGAGCAAGAUCCGCGUGCAGGAGAACGGCGGCGAAGACGGCAGCGUAAAUGAGGAGGACGUGCCGUUCGUGCGGGGCGCCUCGCUCAAGUUCGAAGGCAGCGGGGAGAGCGUCAGCUUUGACGAGAUCAAGGGCACGUUGAAGGAGCGCUUCGCACGCGUGCCGUUCGUGAAGAACACGCGGGGCGAGAGCUCAGGUCUCGUGGGCUUCGACAAGGCGCUCACCGAGGACGAGAUCAGCUACGUCAAGGAGCACCUCAAGACGCUGAGCGGCAAGGAGGUGACAUGGAGUGUCCCGGACGAGGAGACCGAGAAGGCAUUCCAGCUCGAGCGUGCGCAUUCUCAAAUCGGGGACGCGGAGGCCGGGGCGGCGGACGUGGAGGCCGUGGACGUGGUGGGCGAGGCGGACGUGGUGGCCGCGGUGGUCGGGGUGGCGGCGGACGCGGCCCGCGAGACGGUGGCAACAACAACGGCGGCGCUGCGGACUCCUCAGCAACACCUGCGGCCGACGGGGAGCAGACUGGCGAAAAGCGAAAACGGGCCGUGGAGCCUGACGGUGGGCCGGACGUCGGCGUGCGCGGGCAAGCAGUGCCUGUAA